ACGGGACCUUUCGUUAGUUCCGGUGUUUUUUACCACAAUUUCCUAGAGCGCGACAGUUGUCUUGUCAAAUCCCUAUCAUUAAUGUCCUCUUUCUUUAGCUCUUUCCGUUCAUAAUUCACUGCUCGCGGUUCGCAGUACUGGGCAGUACUACUUUCACGCAGAUUCAAUCUGAUUUCUAAUCCGAACGAGCAAACUCGUUCAAUUUUGAUUCCCUUUAAUGCACGUUUCAAACAAGCACUGAACAAACGAUCCACAAUGAAUGAACAAAUCGUUCAAUUCACAUCCAAGAUUUGAGUGAAAGAAUCAAGAUUCAUUUCAACAUGUGACGAGUUAUCUUAUCAAUUUGGAAAAAUGAUAACAGACUUUCACACGUUUUAAUAGUAAAAAAUAUCAUAAAAUCAUACACCACUAAAAUACUUGCAACUAAAUCGUACAUCUCGUAAUAAUUCCCCAUAAUUCCCUCCAUGUACUUCGCGUUUCUCGUCGACCGAUAACCGAUAAAAGUGCCCAUGCAAAUUACAAUGAACGGUGAAUGCGCGUCGAGAACGAGCGAAAUAAACGAUAUAUUUGACGCGAUCGUCUUCAGCGAAGAAUCCAUCGUAAACGAAGCGUUCGAAAAAGGACUGGACAAAGGUAUAGAAGAAGCUCGAGCCGAAGGCUACCAUGUAGGAUUCCAUAAAGGGAUCGAAAUCGGCAGCGAAAUCGGUUACUACAAAGGCAUCGUCGAUACCCUGCUCGCACUUUACAACGACCAACAAAUCGAUCUCUCCGAUAAAGUAUUAUCAAUCUUGAAUAAACUCAAACCGCUUCUCGAUACGUUUCCUCGUUUCAAUUGCUCUGAAACCGAUAUCCUUCAACUCAAGCAGGAAAUCAAGACACACUUCAAGCAAUUCUGCUCGCUGAUGAAAUUCAACGGUACGUUGACCGAGAAAAGCUUAUCAUUUUGAAACCGAACGAGGCGGAAAUAAAAAUGGAACUAUUGAAAGAAGAAUUGAAUCGUGUCGUGGAUUACGUGGCGCCUUAUUUACAGCUGGCCAAUUCGCAUACGGUCGAUUUCAUCGUGAAUGACACGUGGCAACGAGUUAUACCCGAAGAAAUAAGAA